GUGCUUUGCCCUUUCUUCUUACCACAACGAUCAGCAGCCAUGGCUUUUCAAAGCACCAAUCCGACUAUAACAUACGACUCUACAUCCUCCAAGUAUCACGUCAACUACGACCGCAAAACCAUUGUAACAACUGUCACUGAUAAAGCUGCCGUCGCUGAGGAAUGGGUGGGCGAAAUCGUCAUGCUCUAUGCGAACCACCCAAGCAUGGUGGUAGGUCUGGAUGUUGAAUGGCGUCCUCACCAUAUCAGCUACAUGAGCAACAAAUCUGCCACCCUCCAACUCUGCAUCGACACCAAGUGUUUAAUCCUUCAACUGUUUUACAUGGAUGAAAUCCCACUGUCCCUAAAGAGUUUUCUUCUCAACCCUAAGUUCACUUUUGUGGGCAUUGAGGUUGAGGGUGAUAUAUCAAAGCUGAAGAAUGAGUAUGGGUUGGAUUGUGCUAAAAGUGCUGAUAUUCGUGAAGAGGCGAAAAAGAAAUUUCCUGGAAGGUUUCGACGACCAGGUUUGAAGGAUAUGGCUAUGGAAGUUGCAGGGAUUCACAUGAAGAAGCCAAAGCAUGUGUGUAUGAGUAACUGGGAGGCAAGAGUUUUAAAUGAAAAUCAAGUUGAAUAUGGAUGUAUCGAUGCCUAUGCUUCAUACAAGAUUGCUUACAAGCUUUUCUUUUCAGAUUAGAUUCAGGUUUUUGUUUGCAACAUAUGUUAGUCAUGUGGUUAUGCCUUAUGUGUCGAGUUACAAGGUUUUGGUAAGUUGGUCUAUGGUUUGUUUUAAUCAAGAAUUGCGUUGCACCAAUUAACUUUUUGGAGUUGGUGAAAAUUCAAGCAAACUAUGAUAAAAUGUUUACUAUCUGAAUA